CCCCCUCCCGCGGCGGCCGCGCAGCCUCCGCCCCCGGCCGGCCCCCGUGGCGCUGACGUCCCGGGCUGCUCGGCGGCCCAGGCGGCGGGGGGCGGCGCAGAGCAGCGCGGCAGCGGGGCCAGCCGGGCGCGGAGCGCGCAGCGCCGCCGCCACAGCAGGAAAUAUUGGAUAGCUCCUACAAUGGACGACGGGAAGCCCGUUUGGGCUCCGCACCCAACUGAUGGGUUUCAGAUGGGAAUGAUUGUGGACAUUGGCACUGACAACUUAACUAUUGAACCUUUGAAUCAAAAAGGCAAGACUUUCCAGGCUGCUGUCAGUCAAGUGUUUCCUGCAGAAGAGGACAGUAAAAAGGAUGUGGAAGAUAACUGUUCCCUUAUGUACUUAAACGAAGCCACUCUCCUCCACAAUAUCAAAGUUCGGUACAGUAAAGACAGAAUUUAUACGUAUGUAGCCAAUAUUCUCAUUGCAGUGAAUCCAUAUUUUGAUAUACCUAAGUUUUAUUCUUCAGAAACCAUUAAAAAAUACCAAGGUAGAUCACUUGGGACAUUACCACCACAUGUUUUUGCAAUUGCUGAUAAAGCAUUUCGUGAUAUGAAAGUACUCAAGAUGAGCCAGUCCAUCAUAGUUUCUGGAGAAUCAGGAGCUGGAAAGACAGAAAACACUAAAUUUGUUUUGAGGUAUUUGACAGAAUCCUAUGGUACUGGCCAAGAUAUUGAUGAUAGAAUUGUAGAAGCAAAUCCCCUAUUAGAAGCCUUUGGAAAUGCAAAGACUGUUCGCAACAACAAUAGUAGUCGUUUUGGGAAAUUUGUAGAAAUUCACUUCAAUGAGAAGAAUUCAGUGGUUGGUGGAUUUGUAUCCCAUUACCUUCUGGAGAAAUCGAGGAUCUGUGUACAAGGCAAAGAAGAGAGGAAUUAUCAUAUCUUUUACAGGCUUUGUGCUGGUGCUCCAGAAGACAUUAGGCAAAAGCUGUAUUUAAGCUCUCCUGACAACUUUAGGUAUUUAAAUCGCGGCUGUACCAGAUACUUUGCUACCAAAGAAACAGAUAAGCAGAUUUUGCAAAAUCGGAAGAGCCCUGAGUACCUUAAAGCAGGUUCCUUGAAGGAUCCACUCUUAGAUGAUCAUGGAGACUUCAACAGAAUGUGCACAGCAAUGAGAAAGAUUGGACUGGAUGAUGCAGAAAAACUUGAUCUUUUUAGAGUAGUGGCUGGUGUCCUUCACCUUGGAAAUAUUGAUUUUGAGGAAGCUGGGAGCACUUCAGGGGGCUGCACGCUGAAGAACCGCAGCGGGCAGGCGCUGGAGUGCUGCGCCGCUCUGCUGGGGCUCGACGAGGACGACCUGCGCGGCAGCCUCACCACGCGCGUCAUGCUCACCACGGCAGGGGGCGCCAAAGGAACGGUCAUCAAGGUACCCUUGAAAGUGGAACAAGCAAACAAUGCUCGGGAUGCCUUGGCUAAAACGGUGUAUAGUCAUCUCUUUGACCAUGUAGUAAACAGAGUAAACCAGUGUUUUCCAUUUGAGACUUCUACUUCCUUCAUUGGAGUUUUAGAUAUAGCUGGUUUUGAAUACUUUGAACACAACAGUUUUGAACAAUUCUGUAUUAACUACUGCAAUGAAAAACUGCAGCAGUUUUUUAAUGAAAGGAUUCUGAAAGAGGAACAAGAACUUUACCAAAAAGAAGGCCUGGGGGUUAAUGAAGUACACUAUGUAGAUAAUCAGGACUGUAUAGAUUUGAUUGAAGCAAAAUUAAUAGGUGUACUGGAUAUUUUGGAUGAAGAAAAUCGUCUUCCCCAACCAAGUGACCAGCAUUUUACUUCAGUUGUGCACCAAAAACACAAGGACCAUUUCAGACUCUCUAUUCCGAGAAAGUCUAAAUUGGCUGUUCACAGAAAUAUCAGAGAUGAUGAAGGCUUUAUUAUCCGGCAUUUUGCGGGAGCAGUAUGCUAUGAGACGACGCAGUUUGUGGAGAAAAAUAACGAUGCUUUGCACAUGUCCCUUGAAUCUCUUAUAUGCGAGUCCAAGGACAAGUUUGUUCGACAGCUGUUUGAAUCUAACACUAAUAACAACAAGGAUCCCAAACAAAAAGCAGGGAAACUUAGUUUCAUCAGUGUGGGAAACAAAUUCAAGACUCAGUUAAAUUUGCUUCUUGAGAAGCUUCACAGUACUGGGUCUAGCUUUAUUCGCUGUAUCAAACCUAAUUUAAAGAUGACAAGUCACCAUUUCGAAGGGGGGCAGAUCCUCUCUCAGCUUCAGUGUUCAGGAAUGGUGUCGGUUUUGGACUUAAUGCAAGGUGGUUUCCCUUCACGAGCUUCAUUUCAUGAACUAUAUAAUAUGUACAAGAAAUACUUGCCUGCAAAAUUGGCUCGACUGGAUCCUAGGCUCUUUUGCAAGGCACUGUUUAAAGCCUUAGGAUUGAAUGAAAAUGAUUACAAAUUUGGGUUAACCAAGGUGUUUUUUAGACCUGGCAAGUUUGCAGAGUUUGAUCAGAUAAUGAAGUCAGAUCCGGAUCAUUUAGCAGAGCUAGUUAAACGAGUCAAUCACUGGCUUAUCUGCAGUCGCUGGAAAAAAGUUCAGUGGUGUUCUCUUUCAGUGAUUAAAUUGAAAAACAAGAUAAAAUAUCGAGCCAGUGCCUGCAUUAAAAUACAGAAGACUAUUCGAAUGUGGCUUUGCAAGAGAAAGCACAAACCACGCAUUGAUGGUCUGGUAAAAGUGCGUACACUGAAAAAGAGACUUGGUAAGUUUAAUGAAGUAGUAAGUGCUCUGAAGGAGGGGAAGGCAGAGACAAGCAAGCAGGUCAAGGAGCUGGAGUAUUCUAUUGAUGCUUCAAUGACCAAAAUUAAGACCACUAUAAUGACAAGAGAACAGAUACAGAAAGAAUAUGAUGCUCUAGUUAGAAGCUCUGAGCAGCUUCUGAGUGCACUGCAGAAAAAGAAACAGCAAGAGGAAGAAGCAGAGAGGCUGCGACGCAUCCAGGAGGAAAUGGAAAAAGAGAGAAAGAGACGUGAAGAGGAGGAGCAGCGCCGAAGGAAGGAAGAAGAGGAAAGACGUUUGAAAUCUGAGAUUGAGGCAAAGAGAAAACAGGAAGAGGAAGAGAGGAAGAAGAGGGAAGCGGAAGAAAAGCGUAUUCAGGCUGAAAUUGAGGCUCAGCUAGCUAGAGAACGUGAAGAAGAAACCCAGCACCAGGCAGUUCUUGAACAGGAACGUCGUGAUCGUGAACUUGCAAUGAGAAUUGCCCAGAGUGAGGCAGAACUCAUCAGUGAUGAGGCACAGCCUGAUUUAGGAUUGAGGAGAGCCAAUGGAACAGAGCUGCAAAUGACUGCGGAACAAAUGGCCACAGAAAUGUCAGAAAUAUUGUCUCGGGGUCCUUUAGUUCAAGCCACAAAAGCUGCUGCUGGUACUAAGAAGCAUGAUCUCAGUAAGUGGAAAUAUGCAGAGCUUCGUGAUACAAUCAAUACAUCCUGUGAUAUUGAACUAUUGGCAGCUUGCAGAGAAGAGUUUCAUAGACGGCUAAAGGUGUAUCACGCUUGGAAGUCCAAGAAUAAGAAACGCAAUGCAGAAAUGGAACAGCGUGCACCCAAAUCAGUCACAGACUAUGAUUUUGCACCAUUUUUGAACAACUCAACUCAACAGAACCCAACAACCCAGCUACAAGCCAGACAGCAGGAGAUUGAAAUAAACAGACAACAGCGUUACUUCCGUAUUCCUUUCAUCCGUCCCAUGGACCAAUACAAAGAUCCCCAGAACAAGAAGAAGGGCUGGUGGUACGCGCAUUUUGAUGGGCCAUGGAUUGCUCGGCAAAUGGAACUUCAUCCUGACAAGGCACCCAUUCUCCUUGUAGCUGGUAAGGAUGAUAUAGAGAUGUGUGAGCUUAAUCUUGAAGAGACUGGCUUAACUCGAAAGCGAGGUGCUGAAAUUUUGCCGAGACAGUUUGAAGAGAUUUGGGAGCGCUGUGGAGGUAUCCAGUAUCUUCAGAAUGCAAUUGAAAGCAGACAAGCUCGUCCUACCUAUGCUACGGCCAUGCUGCAGAAUCUAUUGAAAUAGUCAUUUUCUGCAGCAGCUUUAGCGAUGUGAACCCUUCCUUGCCUGUGAUACAAAGGGAAGAGUUUCUCUGUGCAACAGAGGAUGUAAACGUUCUAUAAUCGUAUUAGAGAUGUUUAAUAUAAAGUGAACAGAUUUUAUUAAUCAUGUGGCUUGUUAAUUUGUACUUCAUGAUGUUUAAUUUGUGUAGUGAGCUUACUAGUUACGUGGAUCUUGAAGAAAUUUCAGUCAGUGCAGUUUGUCGUAUUCUGUUUAUAAGUUGCAUUGUCUUUAAAAGUUCCUGUUAUAACUCUACCGCUUGUAAGUAACCUCGCUGUACUUUGGGUACAUAGUACAAAGAACUGCAUUGCAACCACCUUUUUAAAAAAUCCCUCUUUAACACACUGUAUAGCUGACUUUAAGUGGUGGCCUAGUAAAGAGGAUACAUUGUAUCUCAUAACUGAAAUUGUGAGGCCUUAGCUUUGACUUCUGUUCCUGAGAAGUUGGAGUAUACUUUUGUAUAAUCUGAGACAUAUUAUGUCCUGAUUUGAAAACUGCUUAAUGUCUGUAUUUAUUGACUUUUUCAGAAACUGAUGGGAAAUCCUGUUAGAGAUUCAUGAAUUCCUACCUAAAUGCAUCCUCUGUCUUGGUUAAAGAUAAAUGGUUUUCUGUACAUUCUGGGAAGAGCAUUCAUAUAUGUCAAUACAUGUAAUAUUGGAGGUACUCAAAGAAUGUACUGCUCAUUAGGGCUUAUACCACUUUUCUCUUAGGGAUUUUUUUUUUUUUUUGAAGUACAGAUUUCCAUUAGACUAUUCUUUUGUUUUUGACCAAAUUUCCAUGAGGAAUUCUUGGAUGGUUCAUUUAUCCAGGUAGUGUAAUUUAAAUGUAUUAUGCAGAAUUGUCCAAGGUUUGUAUCUGGAGGCAUAUAAGAUUAAGGAUAGCAUAAGGGAAAUAUGUUUAGUUUUUUGGUGAUAGCAUAACAACUGAAUGUUGAGGUCUGAGCCUCAACCAUCCUUUUUAUUUUAAUUCUAAUGAGAUGCGCAAGGUCUGUAACUUCUGUUAGACUGUAUAAAAAUCUGGCCAAUAACAUAAUGCACCGUCUAAAUGCUUUAUGCUGAUUGAAGUAGCUACAGUUUUUAGUAUACUGCAAUAUCACAGUGAUUCAGAUGUUGAUCUUUAUCUGAUAUCCUCUGUCAAGUUUCAUAGCUUGUAACAGUUCCCUUAUUUAGCAAUAAGAGUUUUUGUGGAUAGGAAUUACUGAUUUCAUACAGUUUUUAAGACACAUUUUAUUCACUUACUUGGGUGUUUCACAAUGCUGGCCAUAUUUCAACAAAUUAAAUGUGAUAGUUAUUAUCUCUCCAAUAGGAUUGAAAUAUAAAAUAAGUAGCUUGAUGUCCAAUUAAUUAUUCAACCUGAUUAUAAAACAAAGUUUGGCUCUACAGAGUUACAAAGUUUGCUCACACUAACUCAUUUCCUCUCAGUUUACUAAGUUUGAAACCUUUUGGAAACUUCAGUUUUUGAAUACAUACAUAUGCUUUAUUAUUAGUUUUCAGGAGGUACAGUUCUGUAAAAGCUGUUGAUGCAUAUGUUGUUGCUGACCUUAGAUUGUGCCUGCAUGCCACAGUCUGCCUGUUGUUAUAAAUGCACUCCCUGCUGUAAUAUAUAUGAAGAUAUUUGAGUAAUGCACUAACUCUGUAUAAAUUUGCUACAUCAGGGAAUUGCAGCUUUCCUGAACUUUUUAUUUUCAAAGUCAGUAUCACUGCAUAGACAGCCUGCUUUUUUGAUCAUGUGAUUGCAGCCUGCAUUUUCAUUGUAACCCACACAAAUUCUUCACUGAAGCAAUAAUCUUUGGCUGUAAGAUGAAAGAUGAGUGUGUCAGGCUGCUGGCUAGCAAGUCGCGUACAAACUUGUACAAUGUUGCAUGGGUUUAAAGGUACUACUUCUGCAGCUUAAUUACUGGUUUCUUGUGUCACUGAAUUGGAACCAAAGUCUUGGAACUUCCAGACUCUAUAAAUUUUUAAAUAUUAGCACUGCAAGAAACUAUGGCCAUAUACGUUGGACAUGAGGAAGAAAAUCACUGAAUUGAUAGGGCUGAGGAGCCUCACCCCAUGUUUCUCUCUUACCUGUUCUUGGCUUACUGUGUUCAGUCACAUAAGAUCUGUUAUGUACACUUGUGGAGAACCUACAAAAAAAAUCCAGUCUGUUCCUUUUAUUAUGCCAGUAUUUCCUUGAUGCAGGCUCUUUCUUGAUAGUAAGUUAUCAACAGAUAGGCAUCGAGAGGAAACUUUCCUUUGUUUUACAGAAUGGUGCAUAUAGAGUUUAUUUGUUAACUGAAUGACUGACAAAUAUGUGUAAUCAGGAAAAUAAUUUUGACAUUGAAAUAGUGAAAGAGGAACUGGUGGCUGGACGUUCGCACAUGAGAUAUUUCCCACCUCUCUGCAUUACUGCUGGCUGGACGUUCGCACAUGAGAUAUUUCCCACCUCUCUGCAUUGCUGUAGCAGUAUGCCUGAGGCAAGCAGAAGAUUCUUUCCAAAAAUCGGGGUGUUCUAGUUUGUGCGGUAGUAUGCAUUUUUCCUAUCCAUUAAAAGCAGCCUCUUCUUUUAGCGUUGCUGAUGGCUGAUCUUUUCGUGCAAUAUAGUUUUCAGUUCAUUUCAGAAUUAUUUUUUUAUGUGAGGCAAUAUUCAGCUGCUUACAGAGUCUCCACUGUCCCAUCUGCUGCAUCAGAUAGUGUGAUGCUGUUGGUUGAGUUAAAAAAAAAAAAAAAAAAAAAAAAAAAAAAAUUGGCCUGAGCCUGUAGGAUUGUAGUGUUAGCUAAUGCCCUACUGAGCUAUAGUUAUAGAGAGAAAUAUAAUUUUGUUUUUUAAAGUGAAAUGAUGAGGUAGAUGUCUUGGUUUGGUUCUGUGUGUUUGAUUUUAAAAACAACAUUUCUUCCUGCUUCUCAGUGAAGCUGUCCAGUGUAGUUGAGAUCUUCUGCAUAAAACACUCCAGAAAAGAGAGGAAGAGAAUUGCCGUGCUAGGCUACGUUCCUGAGUAGGUGACCUAAGAAUAUAAAUAUUCUAGAUUCCUAGAUAAAUCUAGAUUCUAGAUUUAAUGACCGUAAGGUCAUUAAAUACAUGUCUUUCAUCCACUGAUGAGAUUGUUUUUCUUUUCUAGUUGAAUCCUUUGGGGGGUUUUUUCCAAAAUAUUUUUAAAGUAUUUAAAUGACCUCCUAAUAAUGUACUGAAAAUUAAAAAAGCAAUAAAUAAAUACAUUCCAUGUUGAAAUCUC